GCUCGCUGUGCCAAGACUAAUCAAUAUGCCAGAAGCUCAGCUCCCCUUUCCCUUGUGAUGUGUCCCUAAUUUUUUUUUUUUUCAUUUCAGCUGGGCUGAGAGUCUCCUCCCCUUUCCUUAAGUUACAGUGAUAGUAAGUUGCUGUAUUCCAAAGCACAUGCAGAUUGUCAGUUUUCUCUGCCCCCCGCUCGCUCGGCUCCGCUGCUCUGCUGUACUUGCUGGGAAAUCCUUAUCUUAUCUGCCACCACCCUGUUCUUAAGAGUACCGCCGAUCUGAAAAGUUUUUCCAGCGCCUCACACGGAGAAGAGCCUUCCAGUUUUCUGAAGGGAUAUUGACAGAAGUUAACCAUAAAGAAAACUUUCUGCAAGAUAGAUGACUAAAGGUAACGGAGAAGAUCCGAAGCCGGGAAGUAGGAUGGAACGCAUUCAACAAGGAGUCCGGAAACGUACACUUUUGGCCAAAAAAAAAGUGCAGAGCAUAACAAAGGAUGAUGUUAAAAGUUAUUUAUUGAGGAAUGCCUUUGUGCUCUUCACCAUUGUUGCUGUGAUUCUUGGUGUAAUCCUUGGAUUUUCUCUUCGAUCAUAUAAGAUGAGCUACCGGGAAGUCAAGUAUUUUUCAUUCCCAGGAGAGCUGCUCAUGAGAAUGCUGCAGAUGCUGGUCCUGCCACUAAUUGUAUCCAGUUUAGUCACAGGAAUUGCUGCCCUGGAUAGUAAAGCAUCAGGGAAGAUGGGAGUCCGAGCAGUAGUCUACUACAUGAGUACUACAAUCAUUGCUGUACUGAUUGGUAUAAUCAUUGUGGUCAUCAUCCACCCUGGGAAAGGUACUAAAGAAAAUAUGCACAGAGAAGGCAAAAUUGUGCAAGUGACAGCAGCAGAUGCCUUUCUUGAUUUAAUCAGAAAUAUGUUCCCUCCAAAUCUAGUGGAAGCUUGCUUUAAACAGUUCAAAACUAACUAUGAAAAGAGAAUGUUUAAAGUAGACAUUCCAUCCAAUGGCACAUCCACAGUGGCUUCUAUAAUAAGCAAUGUGUCCGAAGCAAUGGAAACCCUGACCCGGAUGAAAGAGGAACUAGUUCCUGUUCCAGGUUCUGUAAAUGGAGUCAAUGCCCUUGGCUUGGUGGUUUUCUCAAUAAGCUUUGGCCUGGUGAUUGGAAGCAUGAAGGAGCAAGGUCAGGCAUUGAAAGACUUCUUUGACAGCCUUAAUGAGGCCAUCAUGAGAUUGGUAGCUCUAAUCAUGUGGUAUGCUCCCCUGGGAAUCCUGUUCUUAAUUGCUGGAAAAAUUGUUGAGAUGGAAGAUAUGGGUGUGAUUGGUGGACAGCUUGCCAUGUAUACUGUAACGGUUAUCAUCGGUUUGCUAAUUCAUGCUGUUAUUGUCCUACCUCUUCUCUACUUCCUGCUCACUCGUAAGAACCCUUGGGUAUUUAUUGGAGGUUUAAUCCAGGCAUUAGUCACAGCUUUGGGAACAUCUUCCAGCUCUGCAACACUACCUGUUACCUUUAAGUGUCUGGAAGAAAUAAAUGGAGUGGACAAACGAGUUACAAGAUUUGUGCUCCCAGUUGGUGCUACAAUCAAUAUGGAUGGAACUGCUUUAUAUGAGGCUUUGGCUGCAAUUUUCAUUGCACAGGUUAACAACUUCGAUCUGAACUUUGGCCAGAUUAUCACGAUCAGCAUCACGGCUACAGCUGCCAGUAUUGGGGCUGCAGGCAUUCCUCAAGCUGGACUGGUCACUAUGGUCAUUGUGCUUACGUCAGUAGGUUUACCUACAGAUGAUAUCACUCUUAUCAUUGCAGUGGACUGGUUCUUGGAUCGUCUCCGUACCACUACCAAUGUCUUGGGAGACUCCAUUGGAGCAGGAAUUGUCGAGCAUUUAUCACGGCAUGAGCUGAAGAGCAGAGAUGCUGAAAUGGGUAAUUCUGUGAUAGAGGAGAAUGAAAUGAAGAAACCAUACCAACUGAUCUCACAAGAAAAUGAGAGUGAGAAACCAUUAGAUAGUGAAACCAAGAUGUAAGGUAAAGAAAGCAUCAGUACAGCACUACAAGUGUGGAAAGCACACACUUUUCCCAACCAUUUGUAUCUUGAGUUGCCCAAGUUCACUUAUUCACUGAUUUCUCCUUUUACACCAACAUGGGAAAGGAUACAUGAAAAUAUAUUCCAAACCAGCAGUGAUCGUGUUAUAUGUUGGCUUCCCACUUAAAUAACAGGCAACAACAUUGGUCCUGCUAGACAUGUGAUAAAUGAGGAUUAAAAAAAGAGGGUUUGCCCAUUAAAUAAAAACAAAAAUCAGCAUCUAUGUCAGUGGCUCAGUCCUGUGAAUCUAUUCUUUCUCCUUUGUCUAUUUUCCCUCUCUCUCUCUUUUUAGUUUGUUUUUUUUUUUUUAAUGAUCUGGAAAGCAAAACAGAGCCUGAGAAUGUUUUGAGUUUUUUUAAUAUCUGUCACAAAGUUAAAAACAUCUACAAAUACACAAUCAAAAUUUCUAACUUGAUAACUGCAUUCAACUAAAUUAAUUAAUAUUUUACUUUUUUUUAAUUUGAAGGGCUUGGGUGUUUUUUUUUCCUCUAAUAUCACUGCUCAGAUACUAGCAGGACAAUAAAAAAGACAUUAAUUGAAAGGAUAAGAAGGGGGAUGAUACAUAAAUAAAAAUAAAGUAAAUAAAUAAACCUAAAGUCAGCACUUUUAUCAUCUGAGUAAAAUAUUUCUGAGAAAGUUAAUUUUAUCUAGACUCAGUUUAUUGCAUUAGCCUCGGCUGAUCUUGACAAAAGCUUAGCCUAGUCAGAUCUCACUUACUUGCAAAUAUUUACUUAUGUAGGUACUUCCAAUCUGGAUUUGCCUUCUAAACUUCAACAUCACAACCCAAAUGAGCAAUCUACGUGUGUAUCUGUAGGAGCAAGUCCCUAGACUGUCCCGGCUCUGACAAAAAAAAAUGUGUCUUCAUCUCUGUUUGGAAAAAAAUAGGUUGGGUAUGACAGUUAUCUACUUAAUCAGUGAUAAUAAGACCAGAAAGCAGUGUCAGCCUCUUCUGAGAAGGUACAGAAGAGUGAAAUGCUCAGAUCCUAAAGAGACUGGGUUCUGAAUUUGAAUCCCUGAGAUCAACAGGAGGUUUUCUGGUUGGAGACUUGCUUAAAUGCUUGGUUGUUAUACCCACAGAGCUAUUAGCUAGUUUUUACAUUUUUCCAUCUGGAGAAGAAGCUCAUAUCAAAAUAUGAAAUUUUGAAAUCCUUGCAUGUUUGUCAGUAGCAUCUCAAAAACAAUUUUAAAAAGGUUAACACUUUAGAAAGUAAAACUAAUGGAUUUUUUAAAUUUUUUUUUUUACUAGGAAAAAUACAUUGAAGAAGAGUAAAUGCUAUAAUAAAAGUUGAAGUUUUAAUUAGAGAGGACUUUAAAGUACAAUAUUGUAAGUUUCUUUCAGGGAAUAGAUAUGGAAAGAACAAAAAAGGAAGACAAUGCACUUUUAACCCUGUGUCUUUUUGUUGUUGUUGUUCUUUUCAAGACUAUUCCCUGAUUAAGCCCUUUUCCAGAAAUAUGAAUUAUGUGUUUUUUUCCUUUUUGCCUUAUACUGUUAUUGAGGUUAAACUAGGGGGGGAAAUAUAAUACAGUUACAAUUGGGGGAAUGAAAAAAAUACUAAUCAGCAGGCAAAGCAGUGUUGAGUGAUCUUUUUUAUAAGAAAAUGUUAGUUGCCUUCUUCUUUACCCUACAAAAAAAUUCUGAUGAUAGAAAUGAAGGAUUCCCUUGCAAUGUCCCAGCUGCCACUCAAAAAAUAUUCAACACAUUGCUUCUGUCACUAGAAGAACAUAAACAUGGUGUACAAAUAACUGUAGUGAAAAUUUCACCAUGCUGGUUGGAGUCAAAUCUUUUCCCAGGCAAGACUGGCUUUUUUGAGGACUGAAAACUCCUGCCCAUCUUCUCCAGCUGGGUAACGCAGGCAACAUGACCGAGAACUCUUCAAUGAACAAAGUGAGCAGGGUUUAACACAGAGUGUUGAGCAGUCAAACCAACAAAGCUAUAAAUGAAUCUCUGAAAGAAAUUCAUUGACUGAAAGAAAACAAUUAUAGGGGGAUAUUUUUGCUAACAGAAUGCAAGUCUAGGAUACAGACAGGCAUUUUAUGAUAUGUAAUUAGAGACAUUUUUAUAUAGGUACUGUAUUCAGAAUGUGUGUAUAAACAUUAACUGUAGGAUGUAUGGCAUAACAAUUUAAUUUUUUUUUUGUUAAGAUUUUGUUUGGAAAUACAUUGCAAAGACAAUGUAAAUGGCUGUCUUUCUAUGACAUCAGCUGAGGAAAAUGAAUUGUGUCACAAAGAAUGUGAUCUUUUUUUAUACUAACUUUGUUUGUUAUGGAAAUCAGGUAUUAUAGAAAGAUUCUCUUCCCUGUCUCUCACUGGUUCUGCAUUGAUAUGCACCCAGAGCAGAUUGAGAAGCAUUACUUUGUAGAUGUAUUUUCAAUAAAAAUAGUUUUACAUUA